UCCGUUGUGAUUUUUCUCUCAACUUGGACGCAGCACCGCGUCUUCAACCGUAAACUCUGUCGUGCAAAGUUCUCCGGUCUCUAUGAAAGCCUUGAGCUCGAAAAGAUGGACCAGGAUGAACGACAAAGGAAACUAGAAGCCGGAAGAGCGAAGCUCGCACACUUCAGACAGCAGCGGGCGAAAAACAACAGUGCAAACCCAAAGAAGACUGUAAAGAAAAAGAGCCAGACCCCCGAGACGAACGAGGAUUCGGCGCACGUGGCGUCCCGACCCGAGGACGUUCAUGGACUUGACGACAAAUCGGAGCUUGAGGAGUCGGCGCAGAUUCAUGACUCUGGUGAUCUAGAAGAGAACCGAACGAUGCUGGAGGAACAGAGCUCAGUUCCUGAGGACAGACUGGCAGCAGAUCAACCUGAUCAGGAAGAAGAGCUUUUAGGGGAACUCGUAGACUCGCACACAAGCAGAGAACAACUCAAGCAGUUACAGGCAGCGGUGGAAAAACGAAAUGAGAUCAUCUCGCAGCUCAGUGUCAACCUGCAGGCGGCGCUAAUGAGUCGAGACCAGGUGCAGCUGGAAGCUCAGCAGCUGACUGGUCAGAUACAGGAGCUGCAGGAGCAACUACAGCAGGCUAAAGAAUAUCUGCGCAGUAAAAGUGUGGGAUGGCUGGAUCUGUCUCAAACCCACAGGCAGCUACGUGUAGAGCAGACUCUGCAGAUGAGUAAUGAUCAACAGGCCGUCUUGGCUCAGAAGGAAACGGAGAUCACGGCUCUCCAACAGAAGCUCGCGGUCAUGGAGGAUUCGCUUUCACAGAUCCAGAGUGCUUUCACCUCGAAUAACACUGAGCACAGCAAAUCAAGUUCAUGCCACAAUGGAAGAAUCUCACCCCAGAUUGAUAACUUCGAUUCAAACAGCGAUCUGAUCGAGAGAUUAAAACACGAGCUGGACGAAGAGCGACAGAACAGCAAGCGAGCGCAGGAACGUGCAGAGGAACUGCAGGAGACUGUUUUGAAAUUCGAGCUGGAAAAGUUAGAGAUGGAGGCUCUCUUAAAGACUGUUCGGGAUGAUCUCGAGCGAGUGGAGAAAGAAGCCCGUGAGGAGCAGCAGUUCAAGGAAGAGAAAGAACGACUGAACCAGGAUGUGGUGCGUCUAGACGGGCUGGUGCAAGAACUUCAGUGCAGGCUUCGGGAAGAAGAAGAAACGUUCAAACACGAACGCUCCAAAUACGAAGCUGAAAUUGCCAACUGUGAGCUGCGUCUCCAGACCCUGGAAGAGGAGAGGAUGCUGAAUGUAGCGCAGUUAAGUGAAGCACAUGAGGCUGCAAUCAGACGUCUCCGAGAGGAGCAUUCCGAGGAGGUCAAACAAAUUCAGGAACUGCUCGAACAAAUCCGAAAUCAUGACCUACAUAGUGCACCUUCUGAGCUUGACGCAAGUGGGAACUGGAUCCAAAUCUCUGAAGAACAAAACACUCAGGAGAUGACCACAGAGGUUUCUCCAGAAGCUGUGUUAAGUAUGAAUGCUUCAGGUAUCGAUGACAUGAUGGAGAGGUAUUUGAGAUCUGCUGUACAGCAUGAAAGCUCAUUGGUGGAGCAAAGUCUACAGGAGUGCAGCAUCAACUCUUCUGUCUCCAAGUUGGAGUAUGAAGAUGAAUCAAGAUUUUUGGUGCACUUUGAAUCUGGUUCUUGUAACACAAACCCAGAUAAUCAACCAUCUGGAACAGAUGGCAUGGACUUUACUCAGGCUCGAUGGCAGAGCUUCAAUUCACCCUCCAAUUCGCAGAAUGCAAGCAUGGAUCUGGGCAAGGAGCUUCUCAUCCAGGAAUGCAGAGAUCUCACCGAGCAGUUGGAGGAGAAACAGAGACAGCUGGAUGUUCUUCAGGAAGAAGUUCGAUGCUCUGCCAAAGAGUUGGACGAAGCGCGAGAGCGUUGGUGUAAAGCAUCUGAGGAGCUUGAGGAAACCAAGUGUGAGCUUGAGAUAGAACGAGACAAAAGGCUUCACUUCGAGGAGAUCCUAAAUGAGAAAAUCCACGAGAUAGACAACUUGAAGAACAACCACAGCUACUUGGAGAGCCAAAAAGAAAACGAGCAGCUGACGCCCGAUGUGGAAUUUAAAGAAAAUAACUUUUCCACAGAGGAGCUUCUGGAGGAACUAAAGGAAGACAAGGACAAGCUUAUUCUCCAGCUAAAACAAAAAGAGCAGCUGGUCCGAGACAUUCAGGAGCAGAAGAUGGCUGGAGACUCAGUAAGCUGUGAAGUCCAUGCAGUGUUUGGUCAUCAGCUCUCCUCCCUGCAGGCUCAGAGUGACCAGGUCAUUGCCCAGCUGGAGAACCAGAGGGAAAAGAAUGAAACCAUGUCCGUGCUGCUAGGACAGAAGACCUUAGAGGUGGACUCCAAAUACAGGGAGAUCCAGGAGCUUAGAGCAGAGGUGGAGGAGCGAAUGGAGAACGUGCAGAGACUGGAGAAGGUCCGAGACGACCUGGAGUUCAAGCUGACGUGUCUUAAAGAGAACCUGAAUAACAUGGAGGAGGCGGUACGUCAGGGUUCUGCAGAAAAAGCUGCUUUAGAGACGCGAAUGCUGGAGCUAGAAAAACAGAACAGGAACAUGGAAAAGGUUCUGGAAUCUGAACUGGAGAGCUUUGAGCUCCAGCUUCAAAAAAAAGAUGUGGAGCUCGAGCAGAUGAAGGAAGCUCGAGAGAAAGCAGAGGAGGAGCUCAUGGAAAAGGAGGACGCGUUGCAGAAGGAGUUGAGGAAACACGAAGAGGAGAAGACGAGACUUAAGGAGAAACAUCAACAGGAGGUAAAACUACUUCUAAUAUCUGCUGUCUUUAAUCGAUCGGAAACGACUCAUCAGUUGGUCAUAUUUCUUUCAUUUCAGCUUCUGGACUGGAGUUUGCGUUUGGAGAAGGAGUUGUCCAUGCUGCGCUCCAACCUGGAAGAGGAGCAGAAGAAGCAGAUUAUGCUAAUUAAGCAGGUGCACGAGCGAGAACAUCAGCGAGAGAUGGAUGACCAGGCGUCCGAGCGAAGAGAGGAAGUUGACCGGUUGAAGGCCGAGCUCUCAGAGGAACUUCGAGAAAGCAUGGAGGCUGCACAUCAAGCAGAGCUUUCGCAAGUACAGACGCAGCACACGCUGGAGCUGGAGGCUCUGCGUCUGAGCUUGACCAACCUGCACACGGCGCAGCUGGAGCUCACACAGUCCAACCUGCAGAAGGAGAAGGAGGCGGCGCUAAGCGAGCUGCAGGCCAACCUGAGGGAGAAGUGGGCUCAGGAGAGCGCCAUGCUCCACACGCGACAGCAGUUUGAGCUCGAGAAGCUCCGAGAGCAGAGCAGGGAGCAGAUCAGGGAGCAGGAGAGACAAGCUGAGCUUCAGCUCCAACUGGCCAUCGACGAUCUUAACUGCGGGUGGGAAAAACGCCUUUCAGACGAAUGGACAGCACUGGAGCAACAGCAGGCCGGUAGAAUAGAGGACGCAAAGGCUCAGUGGAUGCAAGACUUUAACAAAAAGCAGUCGGAGCUUCAGGAAGCCCUGAACAAUGCCGAGGAGAGAUUAGCCAAGACGCAGCACAAGCUUUCGGAGCUUCAGCGAUCUAAAGAGGACGAAAUCAAGCAUUUGGAGUCCGAAUUGAGUCAGGCGUGGUCCGACCGGGACUCUGCUGCACGUGCUGUUGAAGAACUGGUUGCUAGUCACAAGGUGGUGCUACAGGAGCAGCAAACUCUCAUGCAUGACCUGGAAGAAAAGGAGAAACUGCUCAAGCAGGAGGUGGAUUGUCUGCUCACAGAAAAAGAGGCACUAAAGACCAGCUCUGAGCAGGAGAUCACUAACCUCUGGUCUCAGCUGGAGAGCAUGAGGACCAGUAGGCAGGAACUUGGAGACUUGAAGGAGCAGUUACUGGCACGUACAUCACGUGUCGAUGACCUCGAGCGACUGAAGCAGGAGUUCUCUCAGCAGAGGCGGGAACUCCAGGAGCAAAAUGAGACUGAGCUGGAGAACCUGCGCGUUUACUUUGAGCAGCGUCUCCAGGCCAGCGAGGAGAACCACCGUGAGGAGAUUUCUCUUCUGCAGCUACGCCUCAUAGAGGGAGCCCUGGAGGACUCUGCCCUCAAGGCUGGAGAUGUGAGCUUCCUCUCUGAUGGAAAGGCCGAGGAGGAGGAGAGAGUGGACUCUUUGGCAGAGAUUACAGAGCAACUGGAGAAACACAAGAUGGAGCUUGAUGCCCUGCGUCUGCAGCUGGAAGAAAAGCACAAACAGGACCUGGAGCAGCUGCGCUGUAGCAUGGCUCUGUCCUACAGAGAGGAGUUGCUGCAAGCUCGCUCGGAGCUCACUGAUUGCUACUACGAUGACAUGGACCAGCUCAAAACCAAACACGCUUUGGAGAUCGAACAACUGCGGGCCAAGCUUUCAGACAGCCACCUCAAAGAGAUAACAAAGCUGCGGCUGCAGUCGGUGAGAGACGUGGCACGUCAGGUGGAGGCUGAGGUUGAUGAGAAGACCCGAGUCCAGACUCAGGAGCACCAAACCCGGCUCACCCAGCUCGCCUCUGACACUGAACGCAUACUUGGCCUGGAGAAAGAGCUAGCAGAGCUCACCCUCCAGCAUGGGAGAGAGCUGGAGAGAGCCACUGAGGAGCUCAGAGAGCUGGAGCACAGGCUAAAGAAAAACUUUGAAGAGGAGCUGCGUACACGACUUGAGCAGGCACAGGAGGAAGAGAAGGCCCGUGUGACUGAGGAACAACUCCAGCUUCAGGAUCAACUUUGUGCUCAGGCAGAGGAGCGCAUGGCCUCCAUAAGGGAAGAAAUCCAAGUGGCCAAUGAGGAGAAAAGGGAGUUGGAGCAGAAGCUUGCUCAGGCUGAGGAGCUCCUGACUGUAGAAAGACAAAGAAUGCAUGAACUACAUGCUAGCUUGGAGAGUGAGGAGAGCCCUCAGGUGGUGGCUCUGAAGCAGAGGCUCGAAGCACAAUAUGCAAGCGAGCUGCGCACUGCGAAGAGCACCAUGGCAGCCGAGGUGAAGGAGCUGAACGCUUUGCUGCGGGAGCAGACCGAGAGCAGGAUACAGGAGGCCACAUGCAGGCAUCAAGAGGAACAGCGACAGCUAGCAGAAAAGCUCUCGCAGCAGAGAGAAGAGGAUCUUCAGAAGCAGAAACAACAACAUGCUCAAGAGUUGCAGGCCCAGACUGUUCUUUUGGAGCAGCACAUCUCCAAACUGAAACAGUUACAGAAGGAGUAUGAGGAACUCAAAACCCGACAUCAGAACGAGCUCGACUUGCUCUGUUCCACUCACGAGGCAACUCUGGACUCGCUUGCUGAGAAACACAGGGCAGAGCUCGAUAAGCUCCAGGUAGUCCUUCAGGAGACCAAUCUAGCGCAACUUGAAGCUCAGGAGGCGGAGCUUGGGGCACGUCACAAGCAGGAAAUGGAGGAGCUGGAGACCAGAAUGCUGUGCAACAUGGACACUCUGGAGAGCACGUAUCUGCAGGAGAUCCAGACAGUGCGUGAGGAGAAAGAUGCCGUGAUUCAGGAGCUCAGGGCCUCGCUGGAGCAAGAGCAGGCUAAAGAGAUGGAGAGAGUGAAGUUGGAGGAGCUGAUGAUCAGAGAGGAUCUGCAAAAAGAACUGGCACGGGUCCACAUGGAGAAGUUUAGUGCAAUGGCAACUGAACUCGGCCGUGCCCAUCAGGCUGAACUGUCCGACGCGCUCGCUUCUCAGAUGGCUGCUCUGAAGUCGGAUCACAACUCUGCUCUGGAAACCCUGCGACAUCACGUCCUGGAUCUGGAGACGCAACACAGCAUCGCCCUCCAGGAGGUCACCAACAUGACCACCAAAGAGAAUCAGCAGCUGCAGCAACAGCUGGAUGCUCUGAAUGCCCAACACCAGCAGCAGCUCCAGGAACUGAGGGCAUCAUCCUCCAGGGAGAUUGAGGCUCUACGCAGGGAGCUGGAGGAAGAGGCAUCACGGCAACGACUUCAUUUUCUAGAAGAGGCGGAGCUUCUGAAAUGUCAAUCAGAGGAGCAGCUACAGCAAAAGAUUGCUCAGUUAAAGGAGGACAGCGAGCGGGAGAAGACCAGCGCUCUAGAUGAGCUGGAGAGAACUUUGCGUGAGCAGAACCAGCAGACUGAGCUCUCCUACAACGACAAAAUGAACCAGCUUACUGCACAGCUCCAACAACUGGACACAGUGGUCUCUCAGCUGCGUGCAGAGGCGAGCGGUUUGCAGGGGGAGCUGGAGGGCAAGCGCUCGGAGAUGGCAACCCUGGAGACCCUGCUGCAGCGACGUGAGCGUGAGAGUCAGGAGGGAGCCAACCUUCUCGCCAUGCUUCGUGAUGACCUCAACACCGCCACUCAGCAGAGACAAGAACUUCAGCUGGCCCAUGACCGACUUCAGCAACUUAUCCUGGAGAUGCUCCGGAUUACCAUCGCGACAGAGGAAGAGAUCGGCCGCAAGUUGGGUAUUUGCAUGGAAGGUGAUCCCGCUGAAGGCAAAACUACAAACAUGACACCGAGUGACAAAUGUGACCGCCAGGAGACAGCAGGUCUGGAUGGUCACGGUGUUGGAGCUGCAGAGGGUGGACCGAACUGCAGUUUGUUCUCAUCUGUGAUUGAUGAAGGACUGGAGCUGUCUCAGCGGCUGUGUGAGAGUCUGUUUUCAGGCCCCGAUGGAGAUCUGGACCCUGAAAGAGAGGAGUUUGUGCUUGGGGCUUGCACACGUCUCCGUGCUGCAGUGGACAAACUCUUAGAUCUGGUCUUUGACUCCACUGUGCAGCUGGAGCAGCUGCGAGCUCUGCAGGCCGCGCUGGACGAGCAGUUUAGCGAGGGUGGCGAAGCGAAGAACGCUCUUCUGCUGCAGCACACGCAGCUUUUGGAGCAGCUGGACCAGGAGGCGAGUGUGAAGAGCCAGCUGCAGCUGGAACUGCACAAGACCGAAGGUUUGAUGGAGGGGUAUGUGGCGGAGAAGGCUGCUCUGGAGGAGGCUCUGCAGCAGAAGGAGGCUCGCGAGCAGAGGCUGGUUGAGGAGCUGGAGAGCAUUCGGGCUCAGCUGCAGGAGCUCAGUGAGGAACACUCGCUUCUGCAACGGCAACGAGAUGCCCUCUCCGCAGGUCUCGGAGAACCUGAGAAAGGCUGUACUGCUGUGGAGGAAGAAAAAGCACUGUUGGCUGAGGCAGAGCGACUCGGGCAGGAACGUGUGGACGUGCAGCGCCAGGCAGAGAAGGACCGCGUCGGGCUUGGAAGUCGGCUGCGAUCGCUAGAGCUGGCGCUGGAGGAGCAUGAGAGCCGAGCGCAGCAGCAGGAGGAGCUGCACCGUUGUCAAACGGAGGACCUGCAGCAGCACAUCAACGCUUUGGAGAAACAGCUCAAACACCACCGGCAGUUCAUAGACGAGCAAGCUGUGGAGCGAGAGCACGAGCGGGAUGAGUUCCAGCAGGAGAUUAAGAACUUGGAGGUGCAGCUGAGGGCGCCCUCUAAAGGACACACAGGAGGGGAUACCAAGGGUCAGAGGAUCGAAGACUUGUUUAUUCAGGUGGAGAGUCUCCAAGCUCUAAUCAAGGACAAAAACGAGGACUACGGCGUUCUGCUCUCCGUUAAGGAGCAGUGCCAGCGCGACCUGGAAGACCGUAACGAGGAGAUCGAUAAGAUGGCUUCUCGCAUCCGGGAACUGGAGCAGGCUCUCCUAAACAGCGCUGAGGCGGGGCGGGUCGUCUCGCAGCUGGAGCAGGAGCUGCAGAAAUCACGCAAGACCAUGCAGGAGCUCUCCCAGGAUAAAGAAGCCCUGCAGCAGCAGCUGUACUCUAAUAAACUCCAGAUCUCGGCUCUGCAGUCCAAACUGGAUGAGACCAGGCACCGCUUCCCCGAUCCCAUUGCUGAUCCCAACCUCGGAGAACAGCUAGAGAUGCUCCAACGGGAACUUCAGAGCAAAGAGGAGCAGGUGGAGGUGCUGCUGGAGCGAGUGGAAGCUCUGGAGAAAUCUCUGGCAGUAAAGGAGGAGGACAUCAGGCAGCUUUCUCUACAGCUGGACCUGAAGACAAACGAAAGCCAAGCCAAGGAGGAAGAGCUACACCUGCGUAUCACUGAGCUACAGGAGACCGUAAGCAGGCUGCACAGACAGCAGCAGGAAGAAGGAGAUAUCUCGGCACUACAGCUUCCUGCUGCUCUUCUGGAGGAGAAGAACCAGGAGAUCGACCACCUCAACCAGCAGGUUCUCCAUCUGCAACAGGAGCUGGACACCACUAAGGAGAACAAGACUGUAGAGAAGAAGCAAGCGGACAUCGAAGAUCUGCGUGCUCAGGUGGAGAGACUCCGAGGUGACCAAGAGCGUCUGCGUCAAGCCAAGGAGGAGGAGGCCGAGCAGUUGCACGAGGUCAUCAACAAGCUGCAGGAGGAGCUGAGCCAGCUCGACCCCAACCGGCAUGAGGUCAGCGACCCCAACACGGACAGCCCCGAACCUCCAGAGUUCCCCUGGUCCCCUCGACCGCAGCACGGGACAGAGGAGAGCCUGUGCCACGAACUGAGCAGCCAGACACUUCAAAGCUGUCGCACCAAACUUCAUGAGCUCCAGAUGGACCUAGAACGUUCAGCAGAGGAGAAGGAGGCUCUUCAGAGAUUGCUCCUGACCCAGGAAGAGCAGUACGGACAGCAAGUGCAGGCGCUUGGGCGCAGCUUGGGUGAGGAAAGGGGCAGAGUGGUGCUCCUGGAGCAGGAGACUGGAGAGCUGAAGAUUCAUUUAGACCAAAAGGAGGCCGAGGUGGAGAAUCUCAAAGAUCGCCUCCAAAAGCUUGAAGACCAACUGAUGAACCUAAAAGACUUGGACCUCCAGCUGAAGAAGGCAGAAGAAAGCAGGAAAGUUGCGCAGCAGGAGAUGACGAGGUUAACCGAGGAGGUUCAGAAGCACGCAGAAGAAAGAGAGAAGUUUGAGGACGGAGAGAACACUGUGGCGCAAAUGAGCCUUCAGGUUGCGGAGCUGGAGGAGGAGCUUCAGCGGCGGGACUCGGACAUCGCCAUUCUGGAGACUGGCAAGAAGGAGCUGUUUAUAGAGAAACAGGCUCUUCAAAAACGUGAAGGAAAACUCCAGGAGGAAAUAGAGAAGCUGAAACAGGAAGUCUCUGCGAAGAGCUUUCAGAUACAGGAACUAAACAUGCAGCUGGAGGAGAAGGUGACUAAACAAGAGGAGAGUCAGAAAGAAGUUCUGACGUGCGCCGAGGAGACCCUGGCUAAAGCCGAGGCAGCUCUGCGAGAAAAGGAGGAGCAUUUGGUUCAUCUGAGGUUGCAGCAUGAUUCACUUAGAGCAGAGCUCGCUGCAGUGAAGGAAGGCCUGAGCACCAGUACAGAAAGAGCUGAGAAACUUCAAGAGGAGGGCCAGACCAAGGACCGUGCUCUGGCUGAUCUAGAGGAGAACAACCAGCAUCUUCGGGCUGAGCUGCGUAGUUUGCAGGAAGACCUGGAAGUGCAAGAGGAGGAGCUGGCCUACCAGCAGAGGGAGCUGGAGGAGCUGCGGCAGCGCUGCAGACAUCAAGAGUGUGUCGAGCUUCACAACACAAAGACCGAACAUCGCUUCCUGGACGGCCUGUCCCACGACUCCUCCCUCUCUUCUCCGGAGGUCCUCCGGCGACUCGACUGCAGCGAAGAGAGGCCGUCUCACCUCCAUGCGUCACACCUGUCUGAACUGAGUGGCCUGCGCAACACCAGCGUGGAGCUGACCAGCAAACACUCCCCCAUGGAGAGGAACGAGUUGAAGCGCCCGCUCGCACUACUACCAGAGGCUGAUCCGCCCAGCAGAUCCUCUCAGUCCACAUCCCCAAACUCGCUCGCCAUCUCUGAGAACCUCUCCGUCCUCGACUCGCUGGACGCUGACAAGGUUCAGGAGCUGGAGAAUCUGGAUGAUGUGACUCCAUCUCAUUCUCCAUCUCGCUCUCCUCUAUCUUCUACCUCCCCGGUGUCUGCACCAGAGUGGGCCAGCGACGGAUAUGGCAGCAACGUCAGCUCGGAGCUGGAGGCCAAACUGAAGCAGGAGCUGGAACAAACAGAGCGGCUUGAUACUCACUUUCUGGAAUACUUGCGUAGUAGAGACAUGGCCCCUGCUUCACGUUCAGACAGUGCAGCAGGCAGUGUGCAUCACACCUACGAGCUCCUCUCACCUGAGCUACAGGCCAUGCUGAACCAAGUGUACCGCGAGAGCUGCAGAGUGCUGUCUCUGUCUCAUCGUCCUCCUCCCGCCGGACAGCCUCUUCCAGACUCUGAGGAGGCUCCACCCCCGUCUUGGCAGCGAGAGCGUCGGGCCCUUCAGGAGACAGUCUUGUCCCUCAGAGAGCUCCUCUGCAGGAUGGCAGAGCGUGAACCCAAGAUGGAUGGUGAGGUAGACUGGCGACGGGAGCUGUUGCAGGCCGUCAGGAGCGUGUUCGACGGCGAGAGGAAAUGGUUUCAUGCACAGCUUCAGGAUGUCAUGGCAACCAACACUGCCACGGACUACACGGACCUGCUGAGGCAAAUGGAGGCGCUGCUGCAAAAACAGGAGGAGCAGCAGAGAAGAUCUCUGGAGCAGUUACUAAGUGCAGACCGGAACAGUCUUCUUGCCGAAAUCCGCAGUUUGCAUGAGCAGCUGCACGCCUGCACGUUGCAGAGCCAGGAGCAACUGCGAGAGCUACAAAGCUCACUCAGCGCUGUUCGUGAGGAGGGCACGCACACACAACAGCAUCUGCACAGACAAGUGGGUGAGCUGGAGAGACGGCUACAGCAGGAGCAAACGGCGUACCAGGACCUGCGGCGCUCCCUGGAGGAGGAACAGUCCAGAUGGACAGAUCAGCAUCGACAACUGGAGGUAGAGCAGAAGGUGGUGAUGCAGCUGAAGGUAGAGCUGGAGGAGCGCACCCAGCAGCUGCAUCUGUCCAGUAAAAGCCAAGAGGAAUUACAGGCUCAGAUCCACAAACUACGGCUGAAGCUGGAGAGUGAGGAGGAGGAGCAUCAGGCUUGUGUGGAGGCUGUGGAGCAAGAACAGGCCAGAGUAAAGCAGCUUCAGGAGGAACUGGAACACGAGAGACUCAGCAGCAAACGCACUCAGGACGAGAAUACACACAAUCAAGAGUCUCUACGUGCCACCCUGAGCGAACAUGCGACUCGUCUGAGUGAGCUGAACUCUGCGCUGGAGCAGGAGCGUGUAGCAGUGAGUAAUCUACGCUCUGAGCUGCAGAUCGAACAGUCCCGCUGUGAAGCUCUUCUGGCCCAGGAGCGCGAGCGCACCGAGAUGGCCCUCUCACGCCUGGAUGAGGAGCGCUCACGUUCCGCUGAACUCUCACGCACGCUCUCGAACCAGGCUCAGGAGCACGAUCGCCGCCUGGAGGAGGAGGUUCGCUUGCAGGAAGCGGCAGUCGCCCAUGACAGGAUGUUCAUCCAGGAGCUGAGAGCGCAGCUGGAGCAGGAGCGGCGCCAGGCCGAGGAGCUCGCCGCCACGGUGGAGCGCCUGCAGGCCCAGGUACUCCAGGGGAAGCGCAGGCAGGAGGAAGUGGCACAGCAGGAAGCACAGAGAGGACAGGAGGAGGUGAAGAGGCUGCGCUCUGCUCUGGAGGGACUGCAGGCACAGCGGGCCGAGGUGAGCCGCACCCUAGAGACGGAGAGACACCGAGCGUCUCAGCUUCAGACCGAACUGGAUGUGUUGAAGGAGACAAUGAGGGAGGUGAAGGAAAAAGAGAGAGCUCGGGAGGAGCAGAGAGAAAAGCAGCGGUGGCAUGAGAAACAGGAGCAGGAAGACAAGGAACGGCGUCAGGAACGCACCAAGGGGAAACUGCUGGAGUUGGAGGCAUUACGAGAGCGAGACCAGCAGCGUUUGAGACAGCUGCAGCAGACCCUGGCUGAUCUGGAGCAGCAGGAGAAGCGGUUGACAUCAGAACGCCUUCACAGGGACCUGCACACUACUGACAGCACCCGCAUCGCCCACACACAGGACUCUUCAUCCUCCUCCUCUCUGUUGGAGAGGGUAUUAAAGGAGAAUUCUGACCUGGCAGAGCGUCUCGCAGCUCUGAGUGAGGAGAAGAUCUCCCUUAAGCACACUGUCUCUUGUCUGGAGAGAGAUCUGCACAACCUGAAACGCAAUGAACAGGUCGACCAGUCUGCUUUAUCAGAGAAACCGGCCUGGCAAAAGGAGAAGGCGGCAUUGCAGGCAGCUCUACGCAAAGCCGAGGAUGAUCUUAUGAAGGCCACAGCCAGGAACGAGAACCGACCAAGUGAAUUUUCCAACAAUAAGGUACAGAGGCUGUAUGAGAAAUACCUGAGGGCAGAGAGCUACCGGAAGUCUCUGGUGUAUCAGAAGCGCUACUUGUUGCUGCUGCUCGGAGGUUUCCAGGACUGUGAACAGGCCACGCUGGCUUUAAUAGCACGGAUGGGUGCUCAGCCGUCACUCGUCACGCAAGCCUCCCGACCGCUCAGCCGCUUCAGGAGUGCCGUUAGAGCACUCAUCGCCAUCUCCAGGCUUAAGUUCCUCACCCGGAAGUGGCAGAGAGCUACGAAAAAAAGCUCAGUUGGAGGUGUGACCAUUAACAGUGCAGCUGUGAGGACUGAGGUUCUAAAACCCCAGCAGUCUGGAGCUGCUUUCAACUCUCCACCCACUCGUGACCGCAUCCUCCUCCAGCGCACUGCGGCCUCGCCUUUGGUACCUCACACUAAAUCUCCUUUCAGACUACAUAACGGAGGUUACUCCAGCAGCAUCCUGGUCCCAUCCGAACGCACCCUCACCCCCUCCCAGGAGCAGGAACGAUCUCUCGCAGACUACAUCCAUCACCUGGAGAGCGUCCAGCAGCGCCUAGGAGCUGUCCGUCCAGUCCCCCGAGACGAGCGGAGGCGGAGUCUCCCCGAUAUGAUGGGCUUUCGGCAGAAAUGGUUGCAUGAGAAUAGAAUCUGGCUGUAUUUGAGUUGUUUGUCACCAAGUUACACGUGGCCUUUAGGUUCCCCUGCGACGUUCCCUAUUCCCCGGAAAACUGACAGAUGAACAGCAGCAUCGGCACUGAGACAGUCUUCUUUCGCCAGUGUUUUCAGAAAACUUGAUUUUUAAUAAUAAAUGAGUUUAAUCCACUUUUAUACUCCAAUCCCAGAUUUAACCACGAACGACCACCUGAAUGUGUUUAGUCGUCGAUUUGAAUAUUUUUCUGCGUUUUCUGGAAAGUUCCUCACUCCAGACGCUCUGUAAAUCAGCUCACAGUUGUUUAGUGUGUAGCUUCUUUUUGUAUUACAACGUUUGCACUGGAAUCUGUACAGAAUCACCGUUCUACUGCAGAAGGAUGCACGUGUUUUAUGAUCAAUAGAUUUUAUAUUCAACUGUAGCUUUUCUAUGUUCAAUAAAUAUUUUAAUAUUUCAA